AUGGUAGAAUUUCCAGAGUUUGGGAUUCGAGGACCAAUGGAAACUGAAGGGGAUUCGUCUGGCGGUAUGAGAAAUGGAGAGAUUAGGAAGGAUCCGGAUGCUGGUGAAGAGGACUAUCUGAGUCAGGGAGGGUCUAAACUCACUUUUGAGGAGCCAAUUGUUCGGGGAGGCAUUCGAAUUUCCCAGGUUGACUUGGAGGAGAUCCAAGUAGACACUUCUUUCUGGAACUCAGCUGUGGUAUGUAUGGUGCUUGGGGCUAACCCACUGUUUGCUAUUUUUGAAGGAUUCAUUAAGAGGAUUUGGGGUAAGCUAGGGAUUGAUAGAAUUGCUCGGCUGAAUUCUGGAUUUACGCUUGUUAAGUUUCUAGAUGAAGCCACUAGAGACUUGGUUUUGGAAGCUGGGGUUCUGCACUUUGAUAGAAAACCAGUGUUAGUGAAGCCUUGGUCGGCUGAUUUAGAUAUUCUUAAGGCAGUGAAUUCUGUUUCUGUUUGGAUAAGAUUGUCAGGGCUGGGGCUGCAAUAUUGGGGUACUAAAUGCUUAAGUGCCCUUAUGAGCACAAUUGGGAACCUGUUAUUGGUAGAUAAAGUUACUAAGGAUAGGUCUAUGAUGCAAUUUGCUAGAGUUUUAGUGGAGAUAGAAAUUUCUGAGGAUCUCCCUAAAUCUGUUCAGCUCCUCAAUGAGAAAGGGCAGCUAAUGGAACAACUUUUGGAGUUUGAAUGGCUUCCAAUUCAGUGUAGAGGUUGUAAGGUGUUUGGUCAUACUGAAAGAAUUUGUAAUAGGAAGCCAACUGAGACUUGGAGGCAGAAAGGUCGAAUUAGAGAAGUUGAGGCUAAGCAAAGUGCUGUGGACCAGGUGCCAGUUUCAGAGGAAAAGGGUGUUACUAGUGGGGGAAGGAUACUGAUACUCAGAGUUCAGCUGAUUUGGGGUUGUCUGAAGCCCAGGGGAUAUCACAGCUUCAGGGGCAGAUAA